GGUUCUCCGAUGGUUACUUAAUGUGUUGCGGUAGAAAGUCGACGAUAGUCGACGACGUUAGAUCGACCAGACGGGCUGGUGCGAUCGUCGUAUCAAGAAUUCAAACCUCGUCGGAUUCUCGUCGGAUUUUGUCUGCUCUCUCUCUGUCUCUUUCUCUCUUUCGCUCCGUCGGAAGCGAGUCGCUUCGUCGAUCCAUGGAUCCCACGAGCUGCGAGAUCGACCGCGUCUGUCCGCGAUAUUUGCUACCGCCGCACGUUGUUUCGCCACCUGCGAAGAUAAUCCCGCGACGUCGUUGAUACACCACUGAUCAUCGAUCGGGUUAAUCAUGGCCAACGAUCGAUAUAUCAUCGAUUGAUCAACGUGUGUAUGUAGUGCGUAUAAGACGGUUUUGUUUCCCCCGAAUUAGUUGCUCGAGUUGAAGUACAUUGAAAAAGAGUGCCGGAAACGAGGAUGGACGGUCUCAUCGAAAUCUUCCUCUUCUGCGGAGUGCUCUGCUACUUCUUUAAUCUCAGACCCAAUAAUAUGGUGGGCGUGCUAUCUACGCGUUUGCAGGAAGUAUACGCCAAUUGGGAAGCCAGGACGGAAGUGCGAAAUGCGGAAUCGACAGGCAGUCGAUUCACACUGGAUGGUCUCCGGCAGGCCGGGCAAAACUCUCGGCGAUAUAAGAUUCAAGAGAGGGAAGAUUGGCGUAAGCUACGCGAUUUCUCGUUGUACAAGAUUAAGGAAAGCGAGCCCCUACCGCCACGGACCAGACAAAAGCUUUCGUUCCUGCAACAGUGCUGCAACAAGUGCACGCCUGCUUCCAGAGAGUCGUUAGUAACUACUGUGCGCGAGAAACAGCAACUGCAUCCGUUCGGUCUAAACAUAUUGCUGGUAAAACCAGGUCCCACACUUUUCUCAAGAAUAUUCAAUUGUGUAUCUUAUGUCUCGAGCUUCAAGAGGUAUAACUAUCCAAUGAUCACGCAGACGAUCCUAAACGACGAACGAUUGAAAGACGCUAUCACGCUAACUGCCUGGGACACAGUUAAAAAUGAGGGUUGCAGUGAGGACAAGGCAUUCGCGAAGGCGAAAACCAGAGCCAAGAACAUAUUACUGCAAAUGGAGAGCAGAUGCAGCGACGCCUUGCUCAAGAUAAUCGCGUGGCUAAUAUAUAAACUGCUGCCCUGUUUCAUACAAUCCGCCGUUGUAUUGCCCUCACAAAUAGAAUUGUUGAAGAAGGCGAACGACACCGGUUUACCGCUCGUGCUGCUACCGCUGCAUCGCAGUCAUCUAGACUACAUAAUGAUCAGCUUUCUCAUGGUUACGAAUAACAUAAGAAAUCCGUUAAUUGCAGCAGGGGAUAAUUUGAAGAUUCCAUUUUUUGGAUGGUUGCUGAGAGGUUUGGGUGCUUUCUUCAUCAAACGUCGUAUCGAUCCGAUAGCGGGACGCAAGGAUCUUCUCUACCGCGCGAUUCUUCAGGCGUACAUCAUGGAGAAUCUUCGUGCCGGAUACAACAUGGAAUUCUUUGUGGAGGGCGGUCGCACGAGAACCGGCAAGCCUUGCAUGCCAAAAAGCGGUAUUCUGGGCGUCAUUGUCGACGCGUACAUGGACGGUACAAUCGAAGAUGCAUUAUUGAUACCGAUAGCGAUGAACUAUGAACGACUGGUGGAUGGAAAUUUCGUCAGGGAACAAUUAGGACAACCGAAGAAAAUGGAGACUUUCACUUCGGCAAUAAAAGCCAUGUGGUCAACGCUCAUGGGCCACUACGGUAUCGUCAAGAUCGAUUUCUGUCAACCAUUUUCUCUUAGGGAAAUGGUAAAGACCUUCCAAGCUCAACAAAAUAGAAUCCCUCUUCGAUCACCAUCGAAACGACCUUUAAAAUAUACUAUGUCGAAUUCAUCUCUUUACGGUACAGAUGUUAUUGUAGAAGAACAUCGUCAAUUGGUGGACAUGAUCGCCCGCCAUGUUGUGUAUGAUUCAUCCAAAUCCACACCAAUCAUGUCGACCAAUGUUGUUGCAUUUUUACUAUUAAAUAGGUUUAGAGACGGUUGUACAUUAGAUAAAUUGGUCGAAGCGUUCGAAUCGAUACGGCUAGAGCUGGAAUUUAACAACAUGGAUGUAGCCUUUUGUGGAGAGAAUAUUGAUAUUAUUAAACACGCGCUGGAUAUCCUGGGCCCGGGCUUAGUGAUGCAACAGCGACAAGAAAUCACUGAAUCUGUCGAUGGCGAUCAGUCUUACAAAUCAAACGUUGUCAUCGCAAUCCGUCCUGUGUCGAUUCUGCCAAAUGUGAUCGAGUUAUCGUACUAUAGCAACACUAUGUUGCUAUAUUAUGUUAUGGACAGCAUAGUAGUAACUGCUUUGUAUGCUGAAUUGCAGUCACAGAUUAACGAUCCGAUCGCAAUUGCCGAGAACAAUAUUACAGUGCUCCAAGGCAGUUUGAUCGAUCGAGCACUCAAAUUGUGUGACAUUCUGAGGUAUGAGUUCAUUUUCUGCAGGCCUUGCCAAGAGCUUGAAGAUAUAGUUCUCGACACGAUAUAUAAAUUCACACAUAAAGGCAUUAUCAGUAAACAAGAGAGAGCUUACCUUGAGGAUGAGCUUUGGAGUAAAAGAUAUGCGACAAGUUUUGACGACAGUUCGGAUGAAGAAUACCAGAGAGAACAAAAAAUCUGCAACAUUAAAUAUAAACUGAGUUUAAACCCAGAGCACUCCAGUCACAUGGAAUUCCUGCAUAUGGCAUUACGGCCGUUAAUCGAUACGUAUACAUGUAGCGCUUUCAAUUUGAUGAAGCUAGUCGGCCGUCAACUCUGCGAGCGAGAUUUAGUCCAAGAAGUAUUGAGCGAAAUCAAAACUAAUUUGGACGGAGGCAUAGUUAGUUACGGAGAGAGUUUAUGCGUCGAUCCGAUAAAGAACUCCUUCAAGCUUUUCGAAAAGUGGAAUGUCCUAGAGUGUCACAUGCAAGAAAACAUUAAAAUUUUCUACUUGAAAGAAGAUUACGAUAAAGAGGUGAUAACGAAAAACGUAUACGAUACUUUAGCAACUUUUAAAUGGACUAGAAACGUGAAUUAAAAUGUGAUGAUACUUUCUAUUUUGCGUAAUCAAAAAGAAUCUUCAAUAUUUUUUUAUAUCUUUUACAGCAUCUUAUUGUAAUAUGUUCGUUCAAGUGUUUUUUGUAAACAUUGUCGUACACGUGUUUAAAUACAUAUAACUAUAAGUACACAUAAUACAUAUGUAUUAUAGUAUAUAUUUAUGAAUAUAGUGCGUACAUAUAUGUAUACAUAUAUAUAUAUAUCAUAUAUAAUAUAUGUAUAUAUUAUAUAUAGCUUUAUUUUAGAGACAAAUUAAAGAAACUAUUGUAGUAUAUCACUUGUGGAUGUUCCUAAAAGCAAUGUGCAAUUCACAUUCACAAUGAAAUACUUAAAGUCCUAUUAAUGAGAAACUGUACAAAUGCAAGAUCAUAAACUAUAGAUCUGAGUUAUUGGUUGUAUCAUAAAAUAUUUGUACGAAUAAACAGGUAAUA